GUUGGCAACUUUUUCAGCUUCACCUGCUAUUCACGUCGAAUGUCUAACAAAUAGCCUAGGUUACAAAAGAACACGCAACAGCAGAGGAAAGAGUUGUCGUUGGCAACAGAACAUCUGUUUGGACAUUUGGGACAGUUUCUCAGAAGAUGGGUCUUCAUUCGAUUUACGUUUCCUAGACCGACUUUUGAUAAGCACUGACUCGAAUAAAUAAGAGAUAAACACUUGGAAAACAUAUUUUCAAGGCGUCAAUGAACUGACAAUACAUCAAAUAAGCCUUUUGAAACUGGAUGGAUAGAAUGUUUCAACUUCUUUAGAUAGGUUUCCCCCAAUGAUGAUAAGCAAACCAUCGCCAAGGACUUUUAUUCUUUAUUAUAUAUUGUAUGCCUUCUGUACAUGAAAUUAGAAAUGUUUUGUUUCUUCAAACCCCGAGGAUAUUCCAGGACCAAGACGGGGUCUCGAAAUGGGAUAAUAUCCCGACACCCCUCCAACUCCACCUCAAGGAUAUACUUCUCCUAUAUUCUGCUGCUUCUCAUCUUCACACCUAGAGUGGAUUCUUCCUGGUGGUGAGUGUUUCUUUCAUGUGCACUUGAUGCUGCUGAAAUAAUAAUAAUUUAUAUCCAAGAUUACAUCUAUAAUUUAAAUCAUUGAUAUCCAAGAUUAGAUCUGAGUUUCCAGUGGUUUUGGAUGACCAGUUGUCUUAAUUAGCUAAUUAUAAGACGUUCCAAGACCUUGCGAAAGUUAGGCCUAUUUAUGUUGGUUAUUUAGGAGUCGAUAAUAUAAGUUAGGAGAAAUCAUAUGGCUUAGUGCAUAGAUGCUAUAAUGGAAGGAUUAAAUAUACAAUUAUAAACUGGGUGGUUUGAGCCCUGAAUGCUGAUUGGCUGAAAGACCUGAUAUAUCAGACCAUAUACUACCGGUAUGACAAAACAUGUAUUUGUCCUCUCCUAAUUACAUUGGUAACCUGUUUAUAAUAGCAAUAAGGCACCUUGGGGGUUUGUGGUAUAUGGCCAAUAUACCAUGGCUAAGGGCUGUAUCCAGGCACUCCACGUUGUGUAGUGCAUAAGAACAGCCCUUAGUCGUGGUAUAUUGGCCAAAUACCACACACCCUCGGGCCUUAUUGCUUAAUUAUAACAUUACUAAAUUAUAUGAACGUAAUAAAUAAAGCAAAAAUUAUAAGCUCAUCAUUAAAUAUGCAAAACGUUUUGAGCAAAAUCAAGAUCAAAUGUAAAGCAGGUUUGGAUUUCAAUGAAGGUUUUAGUGAAAUAGUUUAGGCCUGCUAUAAAACAUUCGGUAAUAAUAGUUUGUCCUGUUGCAAGAGUAUAUUCUAGGUAGCUACAUUUGCUUUUCACUUACAUCUGAGUUCAUGUCUAUAUUUAUUCCAAGCCUGAGAUUGCCAAUUAUGUAUUGAGAGAUUUGAAUUCUCCUAGGAAUGCAGGAGAUGGGGAAAUAACUGACACUAAAUGAUGGGCUAUAUCAGUUAUGUGGCAAACAAAUUCAAGAUUUGAAUAGUUUAACUCAAUAAACCCUUUGUAGUCAAUACCUCCAUCACACCUUAGAGUCAGACCUAUACCCUGCUGGUACUUGUGAAGAAAUUGCUGCCAGACUCCAAUUCCAACAGCCACAGGGGGGAAUGUGUCUGGAUUGGAGUUUUAUAACACCAAUAGUCUAUAAAGUGAGAUCAACCUACAGCAGCACACUGUCUGGUGUUCAGGAAGAUUAAUGGACUCAGGGACUUUCCACUAUCAAUCUUGCAUAUUAGAAGUGGCAGGUGCAGGCAGUUGUGCAUGAAAAAGUGUUCCUUGAUGAUUUCUCUUGAGGGUAAGAACCCAGGGUGAAUAAAGGAAGUGCCUACCACCCCCGCGUGAAACACUGCUCUUAUGUCACAAUACUCCAAUCUUACUGCACAAAACAUGGUCAACCAGCUUUCAGCUAGUGACAAAAUAAAAAAAGUAUAAAUAGUUGUGUUCUUAUAGUUGAACUACCGUAUGCUCUUCCAAACCAUGAUAAUACCACAUACAUAAAAACUUGUUUUUUAUGAAUGGAUAUUUUCAUUAAAUAUCCCUGAUGUUUUGUUGAAAAAGCUUCUCUGUCUCACAAACUAUUUAUCAUACAAAUAAGGCAGUGCAAUUAAACAGUGAAGUGAGGCAGAGCCGGGAGACAUGGUAGCUCUCUCCAAGGGUCUACAUAUUUAUAUAAUUAUGAUUUAUAUAGUCCAGGGGCUAUUUCCAUCAUGAUUGCGAUUAUUCAGAUAAGCAGCAGCGUGUUUUCUGGUGUUCUGGACUGAUUGUCCUCUCUCCAAACUAAGUAUGAGGCGUAGAGACAGUCAGGGCUUUUGGCUCAGUUCUCUACUCUCUCUAUGGAGAGAGUAAACACUGUGUGCCUCUGCUCUGCUUUAUUGCUAAGACUCAGGCAGCAGGGAAGGAAGGCAGAUCAUUGGGGGAAAGGGACAGGGACAGGGACAGCCAUAACAGGAGUGGAAACACUUUUCUGUUUCUGUCUCAGUGGCACGACACAUAAUGUAGCUGUGAUUAAGCCUGGCAGUAAUGAUGUCCGGUCGUCACAGGGAGAGGUAGAGUUAGAGGAGCGUGCCAGCUUACAGGAGACCAUGUCAUACUGUAUGUCUGCUGCACUGCACUUGGUGUUUCUGUUCUAGUCUCAGGGGUCACUCCUAGUUAACUGUGUGGACUCUUUCCUAUCUGUGAAAGGGCUUCUGACGGUCUCACAUUUCAAAACACUGUCCUGUGAUGUACCAUUUAUGGUAUCUAUAACUGCAUGGGGUUGACAAUGAAGCGGGACAGAAUUGUUAAAUGCAUACUUUGUAAGAAUUCCUGCUGUUCAAUCGCCAAUUCAAUGAAUGAUGAAUACCCAUGGAUUCUUGAAGAAUAUAACAUGUCACCAUCUUACUCGACCUAACUUUAAAAAUCUACACUAGAUAUACAAAAGUAUGUGGACACCCCUUGGUGGGUAUUCGUCUAUUUCAGCUACACCCAUUGCUGACAGGUGUAUAAAAUCGAACACACAACCAUGCAAUCUCCAUAGACAAACACUGGCAAUAUAAUGGCCUUACUGAAGAGCUCAGUGACUUGGAACCGUCAUAGGAUGCCACCUUUCCAACAAGUCAGUUUGUCAAAUUUCUGCCGUGCUAGAGCUGCCCCGGUCAACUGUAAGUGCUGUUAUUGUGAAGUGGAAACGUCUAGGAGCAACAACGGCUCAGCCGAGAAGUGGUAGGCCACACAAGCACACAGAAUGGGACCACUGAGUGCUGAAGCGUGUAACGCGUAAACAUAAUCUGUCCUUACUCACACUCACUAUCUAGUUCCAAACUGCCUCUGGAAGCAAAUUCAGCACAAUAACUGUUUGUUUGGAGCUUAAUUAAAUGGGUUUCCAUGGGUGAGCAGCCGCACACAAGCCUAACAUCACCAUGCGCAAUGCCAAGCGUCGGCUGGAGUGGUGUAAAGCUCGCCGCCAUUGGACUCUGGAGCAGUGGAAAACGCGUUCUCUGGAGUGAUGAAUCACGCUUCACCAUCUGGCAAUCCGACGGACAAAUAUGGGUUUGACGGAUGCCAGGAGAACGCUACCUGCCCCAAUGCAUAGUGCAAUUGUAAAGUUUGGUGGAGGAAUAAUGGUCUGGGGCUGUUUUUUAUGGUUCGGGCUAGGCCCCUUAGUUCCAGUGAAGGGAAAUCUUAACGCUACAGCAUACAAAGACAUUCUAGAUGAUUCUGUGCUUCCAACUUUGUGGCAACAGUUUGGGGAAGGCCCUUUCCUGUUUCAGCAUGACAAUGCCCCCAUGCACAAAGAGAGGUCCAUACAGAAAUUGUUUGUCGAGAUCGGUGUGGAAGAGCUUCACUAGCCUACACAGAGCCCUGACCUCAACCCCAUCGAACACCUUUGGGAUGAAUUGGAACGCCGACUGCGAGCCAGGCCUAAUCGCCCAACAUCAGUGCCCGACCUCACUAAUGCUCUUGUGGCUGAAUGGAAGCAAGUCCCCACAGAAAUGUUCCCUCAUGUAGUGGAAAGCCUUCCCAGAAGAGUGGAGGUUGUUAUAGCAGCAAAGGGGGGACCAACUCCAUAUUAAUGCCCAUGAUUUUGGAAUGAGAUGUUCGUGUAUCUUGUCCAUAAAAAAAUAAAAAAGUUAAAGAACAACAAUAGUCCCUGGUCAUUUUACUGGCCUACCACUGACAGUGCACCUGUCUAUCUGAUCUGCAGGUACAUUGGAGCCCUGGGUGCACGGGUGAUCUGUGACAACAUUCCAGGCCUGGUGAACAAGCAGCGUCAGCUGUGCCAGCGCCACCCGGAUCUCAUGCAGUCUAUUGGGGAGGGUGCCAAGGAGUGGAUCCGUGAGUGCCAGCACCAGUUCCGUCACCAUCGCUGGAACUGCAGCACGCUGGACCGAGACCACACUGUCUUUGGCAGGGUCAUGCUGCGCAGUAAGUCUGUUUGUGUGUGUUUCUGUGUUUAUCUUUCUGUGUGAGUUCAGUAUUCAAUCAUUUGCAUCUUGGAUGUAAGAUUCACUACAUUAAUCUGAUUCAACGCAUACAAGUUUUCAAAUUGGUGGUUGUAGGCAAUUACAGAAUACUGUGAGGGACCGCUUCCUUGCCUUUUAGACUUACAGAUAUUCAAGCCUUAAGGGUAUAGCUAUGUAUGUUACUUUCAUAUCUCAGCUCAACACUUAAUACAACAGUUCACUUCCAUAUAUGUCUCCUUUGUUUGCCCCUCUCCAAUAAGGUAACAGGAGAACGUACCAGUUGCCGUUGCCGGUUGUACAGUACCUAAAGAGAGAAUGUGUGCAAGUAAAUGUAUCUAGUUUCACCUUCUCUAGGAAUGGAGAAAGUGGAUAUUCUCCGAAAACAAGUAGCAGAUAGAGUGAUCUGCAAGGGUGACGUCUAAACAGAAAUAGGAGAUGUAAAUAUUUGGGUAGAUGUUUCUGGCAGGCAGACAAAGCCGUACUCCCUGACAUAUUGCCUGUGUUCUGGUUCAUUGCGUGAGGAGGAAUGAAAAUUAGAGGUGGGUGGGGAAAGCAGACCAAAUAACCCUGAAUCUGCUCUCCUCUCAAAUGAAAACAUACCUAGUGACUGAGAAAGCUGCCAUCUGUGCAAAUUAAAGAGUGAAAGGAGAGGCGGCUUAAAUGUGAUGCUAGCAUCCACGUUUCUUUGUUCUGGCCAUCCACCAUAGGCCUGCGGUACAUGGACUGAUUGUACAUGAACAUUGUACAGAGACAACCAUGCCUAUUUGAUUCAAAUCUGUUUGUGCUCUGUAUUCCCUUCUAUAUAAAUGUAAAUAAACAGUGUCUGUGUUCCAAGUUCCAAGGAGUGUUUAAAUGCAGAUAGCAUGGGACACAGCACACAUAAAUAGUUUCUGUGCAAUGUCUUUGGACUAUGCAAGUCCAAAGCUUUCAGUCGGGCAUAUGUUAGUGUUCAUAGCAUGAAAUCUGCUCUAGACUGAUGUACCGUAACUACUGUGUAACGACAUGGUUACUACAACAAAACAAAUUUGCUGGUAUAGUGUAACCGUCUCUAUGAGACUGACUUUGUUUAGAUAUAAAACUAACCUCCAGCCACGUGUUUGAAGAGUAUAUUGUUACAAACAAUAUGUCUAAAAAUAAGCAAAAUCAAAAAGGGUAUUUCAGAAUCUAGACAUAGUCCAUAUUUCAGAGAAUACUAAAAGGGUUAUAAUGACACAAAGAUGUUGUCUGCAUCAUGUACAGUUCACAGAUCAUAGGGUCUUACAGGAGGCAUGUAUAGGUCUAAAAAUGUCUAAAAUGGCACAUUUCAUCAUGAUUUUCUCCACAUUUUUGUUAUACAAAGGUAAAAAACUAUGUUAAACACCCUUCCUCCCAAUGAAGUUCCUAUGUGAGAAUUGCUAGAACAAUCUGAGAUACCAAAAAUAGUUUCAGCUCCCACUGGCCUGGAAUCGCCCAAUGACAUCUUCUUACACAUAAUCUCCUCCAUCAUGUCACCCCAGGUAGCCGGGAGGCAGCGUUUGUGUACGCCAUCUCCUCAGCGGGUGUGGUCUAUGCAAUUACCAGGGCCUGCAGCCAGGGGGAGCUCAAGAUCUGCAGCUGCGACGCCCACAAGCGAGGCCGAGCUAGAGACGACAGGGGCGACUUUGACUGGGGCGGCUGCAGCGACAACAUCAACUAUGGCAUCAAGUUCGCCAAGGCCUUCAUCGAUGCCAGGGAAAGGAUGGUGAAAGACGCUCGGGCGAUGAUGAAUCUACACAACAACCGCUGUGGGCGAAUGGUGAGCAAUGGCUUUGGGGUUAAGGUGGCAUUUUGCUUUUUUGAUACACACAGGGAACUGUCUGCCAGGCAGUCCAUUUAAACUGGCACUAGCGCAUGCUUCAACUACAGUGUAACAACAUUGUUACUACAGUGGAACAAACAUUUCUAGUACAAUUCAAGCCACUCUGUUGAACAUCAUUUUUAUAUAAAUACUCUAGACAUGAAUAGUGAGUGUACUAGGUUGGCCACAGGUGAGGCUUUGUCUCAACCUCCAAUGAAAUUGCCCAACCUUCUCAAUUUCAGGCAGUGAAGCGCUUUAUGAAACUGGAGUGCAAGUGUCAUGGCGUCAGCGGCUCCUGCGCCCUCAGAACCUGCUGGCUGGCCAUGUCGGAUUUCCGGAGGACCGGGGACUACCUCCGGAAGAAGUACAACACGGCCAUCGAGGUGACCAUGAACCAGGAUGGCACAGGGUUCAUGGUGGCUGACAAGGACUUCAAGGGAACCACCAAGAACGAGCUGGUAUAUGUAGAAAACUCCCCUGACUACUGCCUCAUGGACAGAGCAGCAGGUGGGUCAACUCAUGCAAUUAUAGGCGUUAGGUAGGGCUAGGAGUUUUUCCUCACCACAUGACCUGGCAGAGAAAAAAAAAAGGUUUUUAGCAAUGGCUAAGUGUAAAUGAAUGUGAAGAGAAAUCAAAUUUCAGUAUAUGAUUCAACAUAAUAUCACAUUUAGUCAUACAUAGUUUAAAAAUGUAUGGGACGUUAUUUAAGUACUUAUCACCAAACUUGGGGAAAAUAUUGGCAUCAGAAACCUAGUUGCUCUGAGUGAAGAGUAUUACCCAGACGGUAGAUAAUACAGCGGCCUACCCAUCAAAUACUGCUAUGAGAAUCCCAGACUCAUCUGCCGAAAGCCUGCAUACCUUCAUAGCUUAGAGUUCAAUUAUUUGACCUUUAACUUCUCUCUAAUUCCAACUGUGUUUUCUCUGCCUUGGUAAUCUCUGACUCUCACGCCCCUCAUGUCCUAUCACUUCAGCAGAGCGUGCAUAGAGCUCUAGAACAGCUAACAGGCUCUGGUUAUGAUACUUUGGAUGGAUUGUGUGUUACUGGCAUCAUCCCCAUCUCUGUUAGACCUAUGGUUAAAGGUUGACACCUAGUAAACUGCUGUUAAGAAGAGGAGCUAUGCUACGCCCCUAGCCUACUACAAGAUGAAGCAAUCAUCUCUAUUGUAUUGGAGUUCACACCCUAAGGAUACAACAGGGUCAUUUUUUUAAUCCUUCUGUGGUCACUAGUAAGCUCCACUCCCAAAUACUCAAAGGAAAUACCUCCACUCACACCUAUUCUCACACCCCUUCACUCACGGGCCAGCUGGUCUGUCUUGUGCUCUCUCCACAGGCUCCCUGGGCACGGCAGGGAGAGUCUGCAACAAGUCUUCCAGAGGCACGGACGGCUGCGAGGUCAUGUGUUGCGGACGGGGCUACGACACAAUGCGCGUCAAGCGAGUCACCAAGUGCGAGUGCAAGUUCAAGUGGUGUUGCGCCGUGGAGUGCAAGGACUGCGAAGACACGGUGGACGUUCACACCUGCAAGCCACACAAGCGACCCGAUUGGUUGGACCUAACCUGACCCGGUGGCCUUUCAAAGGAUGUAGCAGUGGCCAACUGCAUUGUGGGAUAUGUAGUCCCUACCCCCAACUCAUUUCUGACCUCCCAUUACCUCUGGUAUGAUACUCAUUUGACAACCCCUUCUAAAGUGACAUCCUAAAGAACUUUUCCGAAGGGGCCAUAUCCCAAUUUGGUUUGGAUGGUGCAGUACUGUAUGGUACUGUUCUGUAGAAAGGCAGUCUAAGAGGGUGGUUGGGCCGGGAGAGGGGGUAGUUCCUAUUUACGUAUAUGUUUGAUCGUGUUGAUCUGGGGAAAUACUAUUGUGUGCUGAGAACACUUUUUUCUACAGAAAUUAAUUUACACAUUAUCUGUUGUCGAAAUGCAGCAUUGGACAUUAUACUGUGAGCACACCAGAGAUUGAGUUAGGAUUGUUGGGUGGUGUAUGUGUUGUUGGAUUUUGCUUGGUUUAAGACUAUGUUCUCUUUCUAAACCUGUGACCACUUUGCUCAGUGUUUCAUUGGUGUUACAAUGGAAAGUGAUAAAGAACUGAAAUGUACUCUGCUUGAGAUACUGGACAUGGAAAGACUGACUUGUAUUCAGUAGUUAGGAGUGUGAAAAAGGACAUCAUGCCUCACCCUCCUGGUCAAAUGCAUUGGAAUGGAUGUACAACAGAAAGUUGCUACAACUCUAACAACCAACUGUUACCAUGGGCUAGAGAGCUGCACUACGGAGACUAAUGUAGCCCAAUAUUGAGCAAAGAAAUUCAUUUAAACAAAUGUUUCUGUUAUAUGAGUUAAGUGAAACAAACAUUGUCGUCGACCGAGAUGGAUAGUAUGUCUCCUCUCCCUUCAGUGUGACAGGUACCCUUACAGUAUGCGCUAUCAAUCUAUUAUUGUACGUGUUCCUAAAUGUAUACAGUAUGAUGGACGGUAGCUGUCAUCUCUUGCUUAUUAUUUAUCACUGGUUUCCAAUUACUGAAGGUGCUAGCUGCUAUAUCUCCCAAGUUAGCAUUCUCACUAUGGGGCACUUUCAUUCUGCAUCUGUAUGCAACACGAUAGUCAUUUCACUCUCAGGGUUGUGUUGUAGGCUACGUGGGGCUCUGACUGAUCUGUGAGAAAUGAAGUACUUCGUGAAACAAGGCCAAGAUGUUACACAACGUAGAGGAGCUGAGAACCAGAAUUUAACAUUCAAAUCAUCAUUCAGAAAUGCACGUAGGCCUAUAGGGCAAGUGGAAUAAGGCCAAUCGAGACCGAACAAAUGGUACAAACAUUGAACAACAUGGUACCCAAGAUUGAACAAAAGCAGUGAAGUGUGAUGAUCAUAACUACUUGUUAAAAAAGUUUGUAAGAUUAAUGAGAUUUCAGUUGACGUUAAAAAUAUCUGCAUUUUCAAAUGUAAAUGGUAAUUUAUAUGAUUUUAAUGCAAUGUUCUCAGAACGGUAGAGAGUCGUGGGCCGAGUUGUACUGUAGUGUUAGUUGGAGUGGUCACCUUGGGAGGACCCUAAAAUACCACACUUGUUCUAUAUUAAACCUUGUUGAUCCUUCUGUCAUUCACAUCAGAUCUCAUCCAUCCUCAUAUUGCUGACCAUGUGACACUGUCAUUGUCACUGAUACACAAGGUGAUAUUCACUGAAUCUACUACUCACUGUUCUUGAGUAAUACAUUAAAUGAUUACAGAUUGCAUUUUUUUCCUCUAACGUCAGUGCCAGAGGAACUCAGCACUCAACGAAUCCGUGGUGUAGGUCCUCCAAUUAUAACAUUACUCUUCCCCAAGCCAAACAUUGGAAUUAUUUAUCUAUUUCAUAGUCUGUGUAAACCAGGGGAUAUUAUACAGACUGUUUUCUUUACACAGAGCAUUAUUGUAAAAUGAUUAGUGAUAUGAAUCACUUUGGAAAAAGCUUUUAUUGGUCUCUAAAUCUUUUUAAAGGGCAGUCCAACUAUGUCCUUGUGGAAAUGUCCUGCCAAAUCUCAUAUAGUAUACAGUGAACAGGGAACGGGAAGCGCUUGCCUUGCUUACAUCAGUCUUCUAAAAUAACCAGCGUGUCACUGUCUGCAUUCUCCUCCUAUCAUAGUGAUAUCUAAUGGGCAUCGAUUUAGUGACAGCAUGAUCACUCUAAAAUUGUCUCGGGGGAAACAAAGUUCAGGAUGGAAGACCUAAAUGUUUUGAAUAUGUCAUUUUGUUGCCCUUCAAUUCAAAGAAAUGAGUCUAUCAUAGACAGGUGCGUAGGAGUGACUCUGACAACCUGAAAAACAGGUUUUAAAUGCUAAUUCCUAGUGACUUUUGAGAAAAGGAUACAGACAAAUCUUAUCUUACAAAUGGGCAAAUUUACAAGGCUAAGGGGGCCCUCUGGUACAGUCCAAUCAGUCUUAGGGCCAUGGCCAUUCAUACUGUACUGAAUACCAGUCUGACUGUUAAUGUGGAUAUAUUCAAUUAAACAACCAUUUUGUACUCUUUCUUUGCUACUGUAUGAUUCAUUUCCUAGGAUUUUCUCACUUCCCCUAUGUCAGGUUGUUACUACUGCUGCUCAACAUACUUACUUUACGUAGUAUUUUCCACUUAUUAUACAGUUCUUUUACUGUAAUAAUAACAAGCAACAUACACAGUUAAAAACUGUUUUAUACUGAAUAAAAAUAUAAAUGCAACAUGUAAAGUGUUGGUCCCAUGUUUCACGAGCUGAAAUAAAAGAUC